CUUAGGAGUGAUGUAAAGACCAGUUUGUACAAAGUAUCUUUCCCUGGCUUUAGAAACAUGAAGAUCCAGUCGUUGGAGUCGACAGGUCAAGAAACCAUUUUCAACUGCGUAAAGAGGAUAUUUCAGAUGCCAGGAAAUAGACGUCGGAAACCUCAUUUGGAAAAAAUGGUCGUUUUUAAUGCAAACGGUGAGAAUCUUAAUGUUGGUCGGCCUGUUGGAUUAUUUUCCACGGAGGAAACCUAUGAAUGCUACUUUAAGAACAAAAACCUCGUGUUUAAUCCAAGUGGCUUGUAUCGCCUGUAUGCUGUGGGAGACUACAACAGUGACUGGGAGGUUGGCUCUUUCGUUGUGUCAUGUUCAGAAGGAAAGAUUGCUCCUGGCGUCAGCGAUUUUUCGAAGAUCAACAUUAACAAGAUUAAGGUUGACUUCUUGAAUGAUGAAACAAUUUUUGAAGCCUUGGCGAGAGACAACAGAUUCAAAGAGGAAAAACUUCGAAGUUGCGGGGCAACUUUUGAUCAGACACAAACACCUCUUUCAUCAAAAGCUGCACACAUUCAGGGCAAGGACAUAGAACUUGUUUUUCUAAAUGAGAAAGACAGUAACGUUCCCGAAUCAGUCUCGCCAAGGCCUCACCCAAAUCCUUCUGUGACCGCUGCAAGCAUUAAACCAAAGCAGCUUGAGCAGAUUGCUUCAGCUACAUGUUCAGCUAGCUGUUUGACACCAUUGCCAGUAGAUUCAAGUACUCCAGUGACAGCAACACCAUCUCUUAAGACGAGAGAUAAGUCUGCCCGGUUGGUUGACAUAAAAUUUGAUAUCAAAUGUAAAACAUUAACUGUUGACAAAAAUAGGGGGGAACUAGUCAAGCGGCGCAAGAAAUUAGAAAACUUUGCGCUAAAGGAAGGCUGCAGCUGCUAUGUUUUCGAACAGGAGGAACUCAUUGAAAUAGCUCAGUCAGUUGGGGCUAUUUUCAAAUUGGAUCCUGCUGAUCACCCGGUUUUGGUUGGGACCUGUUUUAGGAUUGGUACGGAGUACAUUAUUACCAAUAAACAUGUCAUGGAUGGAAUUACAAACAUGGCAAAAGACCGCGUUUAUGUUAAUUUCAAUUUUAAGAAAGCAGGGCAAGCGGAUUCAAAGCGAAGUUUCAUAAAAGGUGUACUGAUAUGUUCUGCGGAGCUGGAUUAUGCAAUAUUAAGAAUGGAGAACUCCCAUGAGCAGUUGCCGCCGUGCAUUUUUUCACAUGGUAUCAGUAUUAUGAAUCCGGCGUCCCCAGACAGCAACUGGUCCGUGCUAGAUGACAAGUUCCUCAGACUCAUCGGCCACCCACGAGAAGAACCAAAACAGAUAGACCUGAUGUGUACUAUAAAUGCACGUCCUCAGAGCGGCCUUGAGUGUUGGUGUUAUACUUUGCGAAGGGGAGAGGAGUUUGAGGGUGAAGCAGUGAAAAAUUACAAUGAAGGCAAGGACCGCCGAAGAAGAACUUACCAAAGCAGCAACUUUUUUCACGGGUCCUCCGGCUCUCCGGGCAUCGUGUGUCUUAAUGGCAAAAAGUGGCUGGUAGUUCUUCACGCCAGAGGGUUUAGGGAUGACAAGGACAACUUUUUUGUCGAACAAGGCGUGCUUCUCACAGAAAUAUACAAAGAUGUCCAAAAACAAAUCAACGAAGCCCAGCGAGAC